AUGGCUGAGCAACCAUCAACGGCAAAGACAUCCAUCGAUUUAUUACAAGCCGCUGGACUUUAUCCAAACCCAAAUGGCUCAUUCAACCGAAUCGAAGCAUUUCCAAAGCUCCUUCCAAAGCCGGAAAACACUACCGGUGACGAUUCAAAAUCAACCCAAAUCGCUCUCUCCAAAGACAUCCCUCUGAACCCAACAACCAACACCUCCAUUCGCAUCUUCAAACCUU